GCAGCUCGUUCCCUGUUAGCCUCCUGCUAUCUGUUUUUUUCAUGCAUCAAAAUGGCCGUCGCUCCUGAGAGCAGAAUCCUCACUUACAGCCUUUUUAAAUGGAGUUCCUACUCCUCGACAUAUUUACCAGAGAAUAUUUUGGUGGAUAAACCGAACGAUCAGUCUUCCAGGUGGUCUUCUGAGAGCAACUACCCUCCACAGUUUUUAAUCUUAAAAUUGGAAAGGCCUGCAAUAGUUCAGAGCAUCACCUUUGGGAAAUAUGAGAAGACCCAUGUCUGCAACCUGAAGAAAUUUAAAGUAUUUGGUGGAAUGAGUGAGGAGAACAUGACAGAGCUUCUGUCCAGUGGCCUUAAGAAUGAUUACAACAAGGAGACAUUUACGUUAAAGCACAAGAUUGACGAGCAGAUGUUCCCCUGCAGAUUUGUCAAAAUAGUGCCUCUGAUGUCUUGGGGUCCAAGUUUUAACUUUAGCAUUUGGUACAUUGAACUGCACGGCAUAGAAGACCCAGAUGUGGUGCAGCCCUGCCUUAACUGGUACAGCAAGUACAGAGAACAGGAAGCGAUCCGCCUCUGCCUGAAACACUUCCGACAGCAUAACUACACCGAGGCCUUUGAGUCUCUGCAGAAGAAGACUCGGAUAGCGCUGGAGCACCCCAUGCUGACCCACCUCCACGACCGCCUGGUGCUGCAGGGGGAUUUUGAUGCUUGUGAGGAGUUCAUAGACAAAGCUGUCAAAGAUGGUUUGUUUAACCAGUAUAUCAGCCAGCAGGAGUACAAGCCCAGGUGGAGUCAGAUCAUCCCCAAAUGUAACAAAGGUACAAGCAGCCAAGAAAUCAGCAGAGACGACGUAAACAGUGAUGGCGAAGACAACAGGCCAGGAAUGAGGGGGGGGCACCAAAUGGUCAUUGAUGUGCAGACUGAAACGGUGUAUCUGUUUGGGGGCUGGGAUGGCACUCAGGAUCUGGCAGACUUCUGGGCUUACAGUGUUCUGGAGAACCAGUGGGCCUGCAUCUCCAGGGACACAGAAAAAGAAAGUGGUCCAAGUGCUCGCUCAUGCCACAAGAUGUGCAUCGACUCACAGAGACGGCAGAUCUACACUCUGGGCCGUUACCUGGACUCCAGCGUCAGGAACAGCAAGUCUUUGAAGAGUGACUUUUAUCGUUACGACAUUGACGCCAACACCUGGACGCUGCUUAGCGAGGACACUUCAGCAGACGGGGGACCGAAGCUGGUGUUCGACCAUCAGAUGUGCAUGGACUCAGAGAAGCACAUGAUCUAUACGUUUGGUGGUCGUAUCCUCACGUGUAACGGCAGCGUGGAGGACAGCCGCACGUCAGAGCCACAGUUCAGUGGCCUGUACGCCUUCCAGUGCCAGGUGGGGUCGUGGAGCCUGCUGAGGGAAGACUCCUGCAACGCUGGCCCAGAGGAUAUUCAGUCUCGCAUUGGACACUGCAUGCUCUUCCACACUAGAAACCGCUGCCUCUAUGUCUUUGGAGGUCAGAGGUCUAAGACUUACCUCAAUGAUUUCUUCAGUUAUGAUGUGGACGGAGACCACGUCGAGAUCAUUUCUGAUGGCACCAAGAAGGACUCUGGCAUGGUUCCGAUGACGGGCUUCACCCAGAGGGCCACCAUCGACCCUGAGCUCAAUGAGAUCCACGUCCUCUCCGGACUCAGCAAAGAUAAGGACAAGCGGGAGGAAAACGUGCGCAACUCCUUCUGGAUUUAUGACAUCGCCCGUAAUAACUGGUCAUGCGUGUACAAGAAUGACCAGGCAGUGAAGGAAAACCCAAACAAGACUCUGCAGGAGGAGGAGCCUUGUCCUCGCUUCGCACACCAGCUGGUCUACGACGAGAUGCACAAAGUACAUUAUCUGUUUGGAGGAAACCCUGGAAAGUCUUGCUCUCCUAAAAUGCGCCUCGAUGACUUCUGGUCCCUUAGACUGUGUCGGCCCUCUAAGGAGUACCUGCUCCGCCACUGCAGAUACCUCAUCAGAAAAUACAGAUUUGAAGAAAAAGCCCAGUCAGAGCCGCUGAGCGCUCUGAAGUACCUGCAGAAUGACCUGUCACUCACCGUUGACCACACAGACCCCGACGAGACCAAAGAGUUCCAGCUCCUGCCAUCAGCUCUGUUCAAGUCCGGCUCGGAUUUCAUUCCUCUGGGUUUCUCCGACGUUGACCAGACGUACGCUCAGAGGACGCAGCUCUUUGACACACUGGUCAACUUCUUUCCAGACAGCAUGACGCCUCCAAAGGGCAAUCUGGUAGACCUCAUCACCCUCUAGCAUCUCACCCUAGAACACCUGACCCAAUAAACUGGUUGGACUCCCUCAUGUGUACGAAUGUGAGACAGGAACCAGGUAUUUUUGUAAUCACAAAUUCCACUGGUUGGAUUGCACUCUGCCCACCUCCAUCACACCGAGCUGCUUCUGAGCGGGCCAUGUACCGGCCACGCCCACGGGAGACGCAUUCAGAGACGCCGCACUUGUUGGACAUGACUGAAGACGUUCUGGAGCAUGUUCAACCCACUCAAGUCUGCCAAAAGUAACAUUUGGGAUUUUCCAUGUAGAUUUUUCUUCUUUAAGCCAAAAACAUACAUUUGUUUGUAGAUCUUUUUUUUUCUCUAAAUGCUGGAUUUUUACACACAAAGUUUAUGACAGCCUUACAGGUGCACCUGGAAGGAGCAAAGCAGCGAUGAAAGUCAUGAUCACCUGCAAGAAAAUGUUAUUUAUUUAUGUGAAGAGGAGAGUUUUUUUUCCUCGUCUCUCCUGGUGUUAUUUUCGCUGACAUUUUUUAUUUGGAUAUUUGACUCAUCUUCAUUGUAACAGCGAUUACCUGCAGUCAUGACCAUGCUGAUGUAUAAGAAAGCCCCUCAUCUGUCCUAGCUUUGAAGUUUACCAUGAGAGCCGGAAACAUGAGUGUAUUUAUAAAGAUGGAUGAUCUCUGCUGGACUGGCAACUCAACCUAAAUCUCCUCCAAGCUGUUCCUCCUUGUUAGUUAAAGAGACUCCAUAGCAGCUUUUCCUUCCAAGUCUUUUUUUUUCCUCAUUGGUUUUUGUUUGUUCUGCAGAUAACAGCAGUUCAGCUGCACUUAACAAAUGGAAGAAAAAAGAAAAACCUUUAACACCCCAACAGCCCAGUGAUGAGGCGGUAUGCAAAGACCGUACUGGAUAAUUCACUGCAGGCAGGCCCUCUCCCAGCAGAAAACCCCUGAAAUGAUGCUUGUGUUCAUUUGAAGUGCUAACACAUUUACUUUUCAAACCUAUGAACAUGUUCAAACUAUCAGUCUCAGAGUUUCAAUUAGAAACUAAAAACAUUUGAGGGAAACAGCAUAAAGAAACACGAGCACACGUAUGCACACAUAUGCACACGUGUGCAUAAAAACACACAGGUAUGCUCAGAAACACACACGUGCUUCACACCAAUGAUAUUUCCUCUGGACCCACAUUUAUGUGUGUGGCCUGUUUGGUGGAUUUUUUUAGGGAGUGCUGCACUGCUGCAGGUAGAGAGGGAGUGCUGCACUGCUGCAGGUAGAGAGGGAGUGCUGCACUGCUGCAGGUGAGGGAGUGCUGCACUGCUGCAGGUGAGGGAGUGCUGCACUGCUGUAAAACUCUAAACUUUCCCAAAUAUACUUCAAACCAGAGUUUGUUCACAAUAUGUGAAGGAAAUGACUCUAGUAUUAUUUAUAAAGUCAGUUUUGGGGAAAGUUUUUGUCCCUAAAUUUUUUUUCUCCAGUAAAUCAAAACCGUCUUUACAUUCCCCCCCAAAAAGGUGAAACUGAAAUAUAAUUCUAACAAAUACCUUUAAGUUUGCUCUUCUGACAUCUUUUCUCUUUAUCGUGCACAGUUGAAAUUUGAAGGAAAUCCUCAAACCCUUUUAACUGAGUUUUAGCUGCACGGUAAUCAGAGUACAGAUUAAAACUGAAACCUAUUUAAAGAUGUCAAGUUUUUCUUGAAUCACCCCCCCACCCCCCACUCCCAGCUGUCUGAAGAGGUUCUGGCCUCCAUUGCAGAACUCACACAGACCAGCGUGUGGCGCUGCACUGCUCCUCACGUCUGUAGCCCCCGUCUUACAUGCUCUGUCUUUGGCUAUGGGGAAAGGAGUAAAGCAUGGAAAGCCCCCCUGCUUUUGCAGCAGGUGCAUAAAAAGGAUGUGGGGGUCUAAAGGGAGGGUCUGUGAGCCAACAAAAGGAGGUGACAUCACUGCAGAGUGAGCUGUGAUGAUUCAGGCCUCCGCAUUGGAGGUGUGUGUGUGUGGGGGGGGGGUCAUAGAUGGAGUAGAAGCUGCAGGAGAACACUCAACAUCUGGUAGGGUUUGAUUUUCUCAGAUGCAGAGUAAACACGAGUUGUUGAAAGGAUUAUUGUGAACUUGUAAAGGAAGAAGGGCGGUGUGGUUUGGUGGUGAUCUUCAAGCAGCUCCAGUUCCUGCAUUAAACUUAAUUUCAAGCACCUUUGUACAAAUCAAACACACAACACCAUGAAAAUCCUCUCCACAACAUUUGCUCUGUUGUUUCACAUUCAUGGGGGGGGGAGUUGAAAGACUGGUGACCUGAGGAAGCACUACUCUGUAGGUUCAGCGAAUGUGUAGAAAACAGUAUAGUAUUGUAUUGCAUUGUAUGUACUGUAUAUACUGAAUAAAGAUUGUAUUUUGUUCAAGUU